CAUUGGUCCUUUGUCGUCACCGCUAUAGGCAAUAUUGCCAAACGUCGCCAGGCUCUGAUUGGUCGUUUGGCGCAUCAGUCAUCCAAAACGCGGCCAUCCCCGCAGUUCCUUUAAAAGGAGUCGAUGCUAUGGCUUUGGACUUCUUCAAGCAGCUUGUCAAUCGGGGUCCAACUGCUGACUCACCACAUCGCUAGAAUAAAGAGGCUUCGAACAAGAGCCUGCCUGUGAUGACUGUACCACCCAUGAUGGAAGAUCCUGUUCGCAUUGGGGAGGAUAAGUAUAUUUCCAAGAAGGAGCUCCUGGGGCACUUGAAGACCUACAACUACUACUAUGAAGGGCAGACGGCACAGCUCCGACACAGGGAGGAGGAGGAGGAGCUGAUCAUCGAAGGUCUCCUGAACAUCUCCUGGGGGCUGCGGCGACCAAUCCGGUUACAGAUGCAGGAUGACAACGAGCGUAUCCGGCCGCCUCCCUCAUCAACCUCCUGGCACUCUGGAUGCAGUGUGGAAGCACAGAGGCCGUCUAAACUGACGUGGGUGCUGCCAGACAUCAAGGUGGAAGAGUCAGAGAGUCCGUCUGAGACCAGUGCUUCAGCUGCUCCCAGUAACACUAAGGCACAGGAUGCUGGCUCCACUGACCCGGGCAGCUCACAGCUAAUGCGGACAAAGAGCGACGCUGGAGUUCUUCGCAGAGACAAGUUACGGUCGCCAAGCGACCAGCGGCGAAUCAGACGCCACCGCUUCUCCAUCAAUGGUCACUUCUACAACCACAAGACGUCUGUCUUCACUCCAGCCUUUGGCUCCGUCACGAACGUGCGAGUAAACAGCACCAUGAGCACUCUUCAGGUUCUCAACCUGCUCCUCAACAAGUUUAAGAUUGAAAACAGCUCAGAUGAGUUUGCACUUUACAUUGUCCACACCAGUGGAGAGAGAACAAAAUUGAAGGAUUCGGACUACCCUCUCAUCACCCGGAUUCUUCAGGGACCUUGUGAGGCCAUAGCCAAAAUCUUUCUCAUGGAGAAGGACCUGGGAGAAGAAGUCACUUAUGAUGUUGCCCAGUACAUCAAGUUUGAGAUGCCAGUGCUUCAAAGUUUUAUUGUAAAGUUGAAAGAAGAGGAAGAUCGCGAAGUGAAAAAGUUAACACGCAAAUACUCAGUGAUGCGUGCCAUUAUCGAGACGCGUGUACAGGAGCUGACAGAGUCCUGGGCACAGAUGUGAGAUUCGUUCCAUUUGAUGGAGUGACUGCUCUAAGAUAGCUUUGGGCAGAUGUUUGUUGCUGUUGGCACCUGAAUGAUCAUGCAGAGGCAACGCUUUCCUGUACUUGCCCUUGAGUAACGUGUCCCUGCACCAUUCCGAAUUGCUCUUGCUACAAAUACGUUGAAGGUUCCCGAAUGACAUUGCUAAUCAUCCUGGAUUGCCUUGGAGUCUCCUUCAGUUGGAUCAAGCUACAAGACUCUUCUGUGAGUGAGACCCAGGAAAGCAACAAAACUAAUCAUGGACAUUUUUUUAUGAGAACAUUUUUUCCCCCAUUUUCUUUUAACACUUUUUAUUAAGCUAAGAAGCGUAGAAGUUGUGGGCUGUUGAGAAAAGACUGAAACAAAUUAAGUCUUGAUUUGAAGUUGCUCUUGGUGUGUAGGGAGCUAGGAGGAUGGACGUAUUGAGUAAUGUGCUGGACAAUUCAAAGUCUUCACCUCCAUUGUGAUGGAACAUCCAGUGACACAUCCCAGUCACUGGGAACUCUGAAACUUCCCAGAUUCCACCUCUGUGGAAUGCAGUUGCUGAUUGACUUGUGGUGAAUUGUGGAAGACGAGAUGCCUGCAGUUCCCUGGAGCACAGACAAUUGUGGCUCACACGUGAGCAGCGUUUUAUUGAAACAGGAAUGCAAGGCGUUUUAUUGAAACAGAAGCACACUAAGGAUUGAGGAAUCCUUUACAGCAACAGCACAUGCGGUCAUGACAUGAUGCUCUUGGCUUUGCCUUGGAGCUUGUAAGUCUGACUGUUGGUGAAAGGUUUAGCUGGCCUCUCAGUCCUUCCCACUCUCUUCAUUCCUAGGACUCCCUGUUGUCCAGUUGACCUUUGUUCAGGUCAUGGAAUCUUCCCAGACUAGAUAGCAGAUGAUGCUGCUAGAUGGAAGAACACUGCUCUUGGGAAGAUGUAAAAGAUUGGAUGGUAUGGUUGUGAACAUAGAACAUAGAAAAUUACAGCACAGUACAGGCCAUUUGGCCCACAAUGUUGUGCUGACAUUUACCCUAUUCUAAGAUCAAUCUAACCUUUCUCUUUUGCAUAACCCUCCCUUUUUUUUCUAUCAUUCAUGUGCCUAUCUGAGUUUCUUAAAUGCCCCUAAUGUAUUUGCCUCUACCACCAUCACUGGCAGGGCAUCCAUACACCCACCACUCUUUGUAAGGAACUCUGACGUUCCCCUGCAACCCACAGAUACUUCCCUCUAAUCACCUUAAAAUUAUGCUCUCAUUCUCCUUCACUCCAAAGAGAAAAGUUCUAGCUCACGUCACCCAACUUCAUAAGACACGCCCUCUCAAUCAGCAGCAUGCUGGUAAAUCUCCUCUGCACCCUCUCUAAAGCUUCCACUUCCCUCAUAUAAUGAGGUCACUAGAACUGAACAUAAUACUCCAAGUGUGGUCUCACCAGGUUGCAACAUAAAUAUUACCCUGUGGUUUUUGAAACUCAGUCCCCUGAUUCAUGAAGGCCAACAUACAACACACCUUCUUAACACCGUUAUCAACUUGCAUGGCACCUUAGAGGAAUCUAUUAUGGAUGUGGAUCACUCUACACUGUUAAGAAUCCUGCCAUUAACUCUAUAUUCUGCCUUUCAAUAUUACCUUGCAAAAUUAAUAACUUCACACUUUUCUGGGGUGAACUCCAUCUGCCACUUUUCAGGCCAGCUCUGCAUCCUGUCUAUGUCCCAUUGCACGCUACCGCAACCCUCCACACCAUACACAGCUUCGCCAAAGGUGUUCUCUUGCAUCCUGAGAUCAGUGCUUAUCCCUCACUCAAGGUCACCAACAUGGAUUUCAAUGCACUUGAGUAAAGUUUGUUUCUGUAUUCCCUGCACUACUUCACUGUAUACAACUGGCUAGUCAUUGCUCAAGGUUGUGGCAGAUACCAAUCUCCUAUACCCUGUUGAAACCACCUGGGGGUCCCAACAACCUGUUGGCCACAGUUGAUCCACUGUAGCAAGCAACAGUGCAGUCUUCGCCAUUGCACGUAGAUUUCCCCAAAGACAGGCUGGCUGCUGAAGAUUGCUUCCCACGUUUACCCAGCACACUUUCUACAGCAUCAGAGGGCACAGCCUCAGAACACAAAGAUAUCCCUUCGAACAGAUGAGGUAGACUUUCUUCAGCCAGAGGGUGGUGAAUUCAUUCCCACCGACAGCCGUGGGAACCAAAUCGUUGGGUAUAUUUAAAGCAGAGGUUGAUGGGUUCUUUUUAAGUACGGGUAUCAAAGGUUAUGGGGAGAAGGCAGGAGAAUGGGGUUUUAAAAAAAAAAUCAGACAGGAUCUAAUCGUUAGAUCCUGGCUGAUUUUUACCCCUCUCAUCCCCAUUGAAUUUGGAUGUCAAAGCACACUUGAUUGGCCAAAUGCAUCAAUUCUGCUCCUCUGUCUUAUGGUUUUAUGGUCUAAGAUCACGGGGCUAGAAGACCUGUCAUGUACUAUUGGCAGGGAUUGGUUUAGAUGAAAUUCUUGGGUAAAAGUUUACAGGCAAACCCAACACUGUUCUGGGAAACUCUGAUUCAACCUUCUGUAGUUAAGAUGCAGUUGUGCAGGGCUUAGAUGGCAAUCACACAGUGACUGUCACAUUUAUAAAACUAGCAACAUGAAUAUUCGAGGAAGAAAGCCAACAGAAAGGUUGAAGGCCACUUCUGUGUGUGUGUAGCAGGAGCUGCUCUGUAACUGGGCUGGAGAAGUGGUAACCUGAUUCUCCAACUCUGACGGUGCUUGGUCAUCUUGCGUGGGUCGUUUCAAGGACUUCAUUGCACAGUGCCCAACACACCACCGCCUCCAUGGACAUUAUGUCCUCUUGGCUGCAACGCACAAGAUGCUAUCCCAUUACCCAACUACUUCUCAAGAGCAUAUCUGGCCCAACUUGUUGGGGAUUGCAGCUCACUGGCAGGCUUUCAUGGAGCCAAGUUCAUGUUUAAACUUCUAGACUUUCCUCCCAUGUGCACGUUAUGAUAAAGAAGAGAGCUGGUGAAACCAAAUGCACGCACAGUUUUGCGUGUCACAUAUUAGAACACCUGCUUCCUUGACUUAAGCUCCUCAGUGUUCGCACACAGUAACCCUUCAACAUGCUGAAGAUUUUUUUGUCCCCUGGCUUGUUUCUCACACCGGCCAUGUUUGAAGCACUACUUGUUGCACGAGAGGAAUCUUCAGGUGACAGGAUCAUGUGGAGCUUUCAUCUUCUCUUGAGUUCCUGGGUGAACCUGGAGCGCUGCUUGCUCCCGUGAGAAAGUUGGCUGCCAUCAAUGUUGCCUAUCUAUAGGUAUCGCACCUUGUCACAGUAGACUGGAGGGAAAUGGGUAUUUUCCUUGACGUGAUGUGUUAAUGUAAACAGCUCUGUGUGAAAGUGACUAAUUGCCUUCCCUUCCAGAACAAUCUACCAGUGUAUCAACGAUUACUGACAUGGACUUGUCCACACUACUUCCAAACGGCUUCCAGGAAAGACCACAACCCCCUCCUGGGAUGAGUUCUUCCACCAGAACUCAACGCCCUGAUGGUUUUGGUGUCUUUAAUCCUUUUAACAAAACCCCUUUUGUACAUAAGUCUUUUGAUCACAUUGCGACGAGGUCUAAAAUAGCUACCUGAGAAAAUCUUCCUUCUGCUGUCCAGUGUAGUGCAUACUCCUUGGUUACCACAUAGUCAUAUUAUUAAAGAUGCAGGGGUGCAAUAAACGGACGACAUUGCCACUGGCACGUAGUACAGUGUGUAAUAGAAAUAACCUACAUUUUGGUUAAGAAUUUGAACAUUAAGAUUUUAACCACUGGCUAUCUCAUUUAUGUAGAAAGCACACAAUGUCUCAUUCAGAAAAUAAUUGCACUUUUGAUGUAUGUAAUACAAUUUUGGAGAUAAAAUUUGGUUAUAUACUUGCCUUUUUUCAGGUUCUCCAGUUUUAAACUGGCUUGGAAAUCAAGACCAGUUUAACAGGCAGUAAGUUUUCUUUCUUGCUGUCUGUUAUGCUGCUGGCGUUUAGGGCAGCAAUGAAAGUCCUCCAUCACUGUAUAGGAGAAUUCUUCAUUGCUAUUUUGUAGCAAUUGUUUUAUUUUUGACGAGUCAGGGUCAUUAGCCCUGAGGUUAACCCCCGAGCCUAGAGGACCGGUGGUCUGGCCUCUACUCUUUGAUCUGUUUGGCAUGGGUGACGCGAACAAGAGCCAAAGCACAAGGCCCUGACUCCAGCCAGUGUUGCUCUCCAGGUCAUUGAAGCAUGCACGCCUCCAAACACUAUGACGAGACUGUGGUCCUCUUGGAGGAAGAUGGUUUUCACUUGUUGCAAAUCAUGUUUUUUUGCGUUGGAAGGGUGUAUUUUGCAAGGUAUAUUUAGAGUUUUUUUAAAAAAUAUUUGUUAACAAGGCAGUAAGUUUCUGCAGAAUGUGAUUGUGGUAUAUAUGGUACAUGGUGUAAUCAGGGUAUGGACUAGCAGGACAAAUACUGUUUUUUUAAAAGAAGUGUUGUCCUUGAUCCUGACAGGCACAAAUGUUAAUGGCCUAAGUGUUUCCUGAGAUGAAGGGAGUCUGUGUCACUGGAUCAGAAUGUGGAAAAAGCGAUCAAGCUCAGGCUCUAGUUGGAUGUGAAGCCUGCAAGUUCCCAGCAGCCCUUGCUGAGUUCACUGCAGUUGCUCUUACUUCAGUCUGCUACCUUUCCAAGGACACUGCCACUGGCUGUCCUCCUGGUCAUGGGCUGCACUCCUUGCCUGAAGUAGGGUCAUUGUGAAUCUUGCGUGAACAAUUCAUCGCCCUGAUAUUCUGGUCUCAGUGCUAACACAUUCCCGGUCAUCAAUUCUACCUACGCUGAAAACAAGUGUAAAUAGAAAAGUCUAUAUUUUUCUGUCGUUGCCGUUUCACACACACUUCAGUAGCUGAAACCUGUUAGCUAUUUUUAAAAGAAUGCAGUUGAAUAAAAUCUUCAUAA